GACACACUUCCGGCCUUUGUGACUCAUUGUCUGUGUCGAGGCGUCGGGAGGGCCUAGGUCCGUGUGCAGCGCCCUUCGGCCGGCCUGAGCCCCAGAGUCAGCUCCCCUUUCUCGCCCAGCGCCCCCAGGCCGCUCCCGGGGCUCACGGAAUAGUACAGAAACGGAUAGAAAACAUCUUCUAGGACAGAAGGGAGAGCACAGUUUGGAUCAAAUCAGUUCCCCGAGCCUGAAUGAUGACUGCUGAAUCAAGGGAAGCCACGGGUCUCUCCCCCCAGGCUGCCCAGGAGAAGGAUGGGAUUGUCAUAGUGAAGGUGGAAGAGGAAGAUGAGGAGGACCACAUGUGGGGGCAGGAUUCCAGCCUGCAGGAGACUCCUCCUCCCGACCCGGAGAUAUUCCGCCAACGUUUCAGGCACUUCUGUUACCAGAACACUUUUGGGCCUCGAGAGGCUCUGAGUCGACUGAAGGAACUUUGUCAUCAGUGGCUACGACCAGAGAUAAACACCAAGGAGCAGAUCCUGGAGCUGCUGGUGCUGGAGCAGUUCCUUUCCAUUCUGCCCAAGGAGCUCCAGGUCUGGCUGCAGGAAUACCGUCCUGAUAGUGGGGAGGAGGCCGUGACCCUUCUGGAAGAUUUGGAGCUUGACUUAUCAGGACAGCAGGUCCCAGGUCAAGUUCAUGGACCUGAGAUGCUCGCAAGGGGGAUGGUGCCUCUGGAUCCUGUACAGGAGUCCUCGAGCUUUGACCUUCAUCAUGAGGCCACCCAGUCACAUUUCAAGCAUUCAUCUCGGAAACCCCGCCUCUUACAAUCACGAGCUCUCCCUGCCGCCCACGUUCCUGCCCCUCAUCAUGAGGGGAGUCCCAGAGACCAGGCGAUGGCAUCUGCAUUAUUCACGGCAGAUUCCCAGGCAAUGGUGAAGAUCGAGGACAUGGCCGUGUCCCUCAUCCUGGAGGAAUGGGGAUGUCAGAACCUGGCUCGGAGGAAUCUCAAUAGGGACAACAGGCAGGAGAAUUAUGGGAACGUGUUUUCCCAGGGUUGUGAAAACAGGAAUGAGAAAGAGGAGUCAACCUCAAAGGCUGAAAUCACAGAAGACUCAGCAUCACGUGGGGAGACAACGGGAAGAUUCCAGAAAGAUUUUGGAGAAAAACGUGAACAGCAGGGCAGAAUAGCAGAAAGGCAGCUGAGAAACCCUGAGGAGAAAACUGGAAAAGAAAAGAGAGAUUCAGGGCCAGCUACAGUCAAGGAAAAAAAACCCACCACCGGAGAGAGAGGUCCAAGGGAGAAGGGUAAAGGAUUGGGAAGAAGCUUCAGCCUCAGUUCAAACUUUAACACCCCUGAAGAAGUUCCGACAGGAACCAAGUCUCAUCGAUGUGAUGAAUGUGGUAAAUGCUUCACAAGGAGUUCAAGCCUUAUUCGCCACAAAAUAAUCCACACUGGAGAAAAGCCCUAUGAAUGUAGUGAGUGUGGGAAAGCCUUCAGUCUUAAUUCAAACCUUGUCCUCCAUCAGAGAAUCCACACAGGAGAGAAACCUCAUGAAUGUAAUGAGUGUGGCAAAGCCUUCAGUCAUAGCUCAAAUCUCAUUCUACAUCAGCGAAUCCACUCCGGAGAGAAACCUUAUGAAUGUAAUGAGUGUGGGAAGGCCUUUAGCCAGAGCUCAGACCUUACUAAACAUCAGAGAAUCCACACCGGAGAAAAACCCUAUGAAUGUAGCGAAUGUGGAAAAGCUUUCAACCGAAACUCAUACCUUAUUUUGCAUCGAAGAAUUCACACCCGAGAAAAGCCCUAUAAGUGCACUAAGUGUGGCAAGGCCUUCACCCGGAGCUCGACGCUCACUCUGCAUCACAGAAUCCAUACCCGAGAGAGAGCCUCCGAGUACAGCCCAGCCUCCCUCGAUGCAUUUGGAGCAUUCCUGAAAAGCUGUGUGUAAAGCGAGAAUUUGUCAAAAAGCCAUUUCCCCCCUUUGUUUCUAAAAUUAUUUCAGAGGUAUGUGCCGGUGGAGGGGGAAAAAAAAACCAGCUUCAACAGAGUUUUUAAAAAUCACAGUAAGGAUCCUUGUGGUUACAUCAGCAGCGUUCUGCCUUCUCGUAGUCCGUGGGCAUGUCAUUCUUCCACACAGCCCCUGCAGGGAAAAGCUAGUCACAUGGAUAAUCCACAUGAUAUUUCCACACAGGAUAAAAGCACACACAGGAAAAUGUCAAGCUGUUCAGUAAUGAAGAUACCUUUAAGGCACUGUUGGACUCUCAGCAACCACAAUGUAUAAUUGAAAGAUUAAGAUUGGCUCUGUGAAAAUGAUACUGAGGUCAAAAAGCUGCUUGCUGCAAACAAGCCCUAGUUGGCCACCAUCUUGCUGUCCCUUAUUUCGCAAAAAAGAGGGACAGUUAAAAACUCCAUUGGGGCAUGCUGCUCAAACUAGUUAUAUAUACAAUAAGUUAUAUAUAUGAUCACUGGUAGCCUACCAAAGCUAUAGAAAUCAAGGACUGUGCUGAUGAGUAUCAAACCAAAGAUUUCUAUCUCUUCCUGAAAGAGAGGGUAUGUGCACCAGUCUACAGUUCCAAAGGACUGCAACACGUAGAUGGUUCUGUCCUCGUCACUGAGAUAAAUUCUACUGAAAUAGCAACAGUGAUUCAAAACACUUCUCUCCCUUCUAGAAAUCCCUAAAGCACUAUCGCACUCCUAGAUGCAUUUCUCCACGAGUUGGCACUUGACUGUGUACUGUCUUCUAAUCCUUCAUUGUUUUGUGUAUGAAAGUUUUCAUCACCCCCCAAAAGAGAUGCUUCGAUCAUCAAGGGGAUAUAUUUAUAUCCUUGGCAGCGCUGGACACAGUGCUGAACACAUGAGAGGCCCUCAUUAUGCCUGACUUCUAACAGGACUUUUACAUUGAUGAUAAAGUCCUGUGAGUCAUGAGUGCCUGAAAUGGGGUAGCCUGACCCAGCUUUUGAAGAGGACCUUCAGAGCCUGAGGCAUGCUAAUCCUCUAGGGUCUGAUGCUAUUUUUGUCCUAAAUAUCAAAGAAAGGCGCUGGUUGGCCACCUGCGUAGACUCUUUCUAAAUAUGGAUCAAUGAGUAAAUACCAUGGAAUGUCAGAAAUGACUCUUGUCAUGAUCUUAAAGAAGAAAAAUGUGAACGCUUACUAAGGCCAUUUCUUGACAUCUUUCUAUGGUAAAGAUCUUAGCCAGAAUUCUCUUCAGUCGGCUGCUGAACAACAUGAUGAUUUGGGCACUUGCUGAAUCAUUUGUAACUUUAAAUAAUAUAGUUCAGAAGAUGUGAUUUUUGUUGCUUUUCAGAAAAAGGAAAGUUGCAGGGAGCAUUUUUUCCCCACACUUUCCAGAAACGUUGCAAAAGUAUUUUUGCAUCGUUAGCUGGCAAUUAUUAAACACGUUUGUUGCUCUGUGAAGUUCACCAAUAUGCUAAGGUGUGGUUUAGCUGUAUCAUAGUCAUACUCCUCAGUGUCUUUUCUGUUUCUCAUCACUAAAGACUGAGGUGAGGUUAUGCAACUUUGAUCUUGUCCAUUGGCUGCCUAAAAUUUCAUGACCGAGACUGGUUUCACAUACACAUACAGGAGACCCAAGUAUCAUGGGCUACAUAGGUAUUUCAUCAGGAACUUGGGUAGAGGUGACUCUGCUCAUGAGAGCAUGCAAAUGAUUGUGGACAGCCCUGCAGGAACUUAGAAACAUCUGCUAAGAACAAACCUGAGGACUAUCCCCAUAACGAGAGAACCCCACAUAGAGUUUGAGAUUUUCUUUCAAGAAACAGAGCUAAAACUGUCAUUCAUCUGUUGUUCGCUCAACAACUGCUCAAGCCCGUGAGACAGCAUAGCUUUAUGGGGAGCCACUGAGGUGGGGGCAGCUGGCCUCAGCUCCAGACCAAACUCCAGUUCUGCACAGCAGUAACUCUUUGGCCUGUCUUUACAAGUUGGACCAACCACAACUUCUCUUUAGCUUCGAAGCAGUUUCAUCAGUAUUUCCUGGAAAGACUUCAAGGAAGUUAGCUGGUGACCAGAAUGAUUCUAUCCAUCCAAUUUAAGAAAAACAGAAGAGAUACUCCACAAGAGUAUAAGUAACUCUUUAUAGUAAAGUGAAGGUAGAAAAAAUGCUUUCAGGAUUUUCUUCAAAGAGUGAGCUGAGCCACAGCAGUGGUUGCAUGGAAAAACUGCUGGCGCUUUUGAGCAAAGACUUUGGCUGCCGCGAAGCAACUGAAAGCAGUGAGGUCCUUAACUCAAGACACUGAUCAAAGCACUGACUGUUCUUAAGAGGGAAAGAGCUUGGGUGGGUUCCACAUUGGCCUUUUUUCAGCCACAGCUACAUGCUGACAUAAGUCAGCCAUCAUGUUUGUUUUUUUUAAAUGAAAGUUAAAUAUAACCUGUGCCCCGACAUUUAAUUCCCAUUUUACUGGGACAGUAUACUGACUACGUGGGGUAGCCCUGGGGUUGCUUCAGAUCUUCAGCCUUGAACCAGCUAUAUGAAGAUAUGUUUUCUGAAGAAAACAGGCUACAGCUGUUUAUUAAAAGCAUUUGCAUUGCAUUCCUUUAUCAGGUGCUCAGUGUAAAGUGUAAUUGGGUCAUAGUCGAAAAGGCUUACAUCUGAUUAGUGCUCAAGAUAGUCAUUCGAAAGUUCUUGACUGGCUGAAGUCUGUUAACAGUUUAAGUACUCUACAGUUAACUGUUAGCAUGCUAGUUGACCUAAUGGAAGUUUUUGAAGGGUUUUUAAAAAUAUACCUUAACCUUGCCAGGAAGAGAAGUAAAAUUUUUCGGGUUGUGGGGUAUUUGUUUCUACUCCAGCCUGGCAGUCAAGGCUAAAGCCUGAGAAUACAGAUGUAUGAGGCAUCUUGGUAUGUAAGGCACUUAGUUUUUUAUUAAAGGCGUAAAAGUGAAACUGUGCUAAACAUGUACAGAGAGGACGACAUGUUUGGUAUGUAAGAUAAUUCACAUCUUACAUACCUCAGAGAAUUCAUUCCAGAGAGGAACCUCUUGAAUGUGAUAAAUAUGGCAAAGCCUUUAAUCACAUCUCAGCCCUUAGCAUCAGAAAGCUUACGCUGUAAAUAGACUACUAAUAUUAUAUGUGAGGAAAACUUUUCAUGGAUGGCACUCAUUGCUUUGGACAGAAAAUGAAUUCCAUCAGUACGUUCCAAUCAUGUAAUGAAUUUCAGAAACACUGCAGAGGAAGCUCAAUCUCUACUCCACAGGAUCCACAGAAAUAAAAAAUGUGGAGAAAUGCUAAAGAAAUAGCAAAGUGCACAACUUCUUACAAAAGUUGUUACUAUUGGGUACUUCUGUACAUUUUGUAUGACCAUAAUGUCAGUGUCAGUGUUUUGUCCCUCCAGUCCCUGUUGUUACUCUGUAUGUUCUCUGUAAACAGUGUAUUUUAUUCUAAUCUAUUUGACAGAACACAUCACUUCAAGAGAGCAAAGUUUUGGGGUGAGUAGUGAAAAAGUUGAUGUAGUUAUCGACAAAAAAAUCAGUUCACAGAACUGAGGAGGGGGAAAAGGAGAAAAAAACCUUCAUAGUUUGGUGCUUAUCAGAUCAGGAGAGGAGGUCAGUAGAUUCGUUAGGAGAGACUGGUUCAUGGGGCACUCAAAUGGAACAAUUCCUGUAAACAUCUGCAGCUUCCUGAGAGUGUUCUUGUCAAAGCCAGGAAGUUGACCUCUUAGCUGCCAGAUCACCAGCUCGAGCAAAGAGAAUAGGUUCUCGGAGCUUGUCAGAGAGAAAGAGCGUCUUCUCCAUGAAUCGAGAGGAGGGAGUGUACUGGAAAGGCCAGUGGGACCACUUAACUUGACUGGAUUCUGUAAACCAUAGUCUUGCUUCCCUCACUAACUCUUAAAUCUUAAUGCUUAGAAAAUUUGGGAUAGGAAAACACCAAAAUGGCUCUUUCCUGGCAAAUAGGCACAGAUGCAUCCAGUUUCCGGUAUUGCAGGAAGUUUUUCUGGUAAGACUUGAGAAGCACUUUGCAAUAUUCUGUUUGGCCGUGCUCCUGUAUGCCUUCCCUGCUCCCAUUAGUUCCCCCGGUUUAUGAUUAUUAGGAGAGAGGGCUUGUGACGAUUCAAAGCUGUGAAAGAAUUUUUUUCUAAUUUUUAUCCUAGAAUUGAUCACCUUUUAUUGCGGGGUCUGGUCAGCCUGAUGUACGUACGCAUCUCAAGUAGCUAACCAGGUUCAUCCUACCAUCCUCAUGGAAGGUUCAUUGUGUGAAUGGAGUAACAGUGUUAAAACAUAGUCAAACAGUGACAGCAAUACUUGCCAGGGGAGCCAUAUUUUUGUGUGUUCCACUCUGAGCAACUCUCAGAAAUAUUGAUAAGGGGGCUGGGGUUCUCCAUCUGGGAAACCAAAUGAAGGUCUGCAGAUUGCCAAGUGAAAUAUAGAAUCAGAAAAAAGGAAAUUAAAUGGCAUAAAUAGGUCUUUUCAUAGAAGUUAGAAUAGAUUUUUAUUUCAACUACUACUGGAAAAUUUAAUAAACAGCAUUAUUUGAAAAGUUUUCCUAACAUAGAUUUAGCUUUUGUUUUUAGAAUGGACACAAUAUUGUACGUUUAAAAGCAGUUACUUAUUUUGCUAUUCAAAUUAAUUUUUUAUUAUAUCUGAAAAUGAAAUUAUCUGUUUUACUUUUCAAAGCUUUGUAAAACAAACUUGAAGUUAUAGGGAGGUAAGCCAUCUCCAAUUCUGCGGGUCAAACAAAAGUUUGGGGAAACUUUGGACAUCUCAUAAUACAGAAUGUCUUCACGUGUUAGUUUCAUAUUGUCUGGUUCUGUUUAAUAGUGGGUACCACAAACCUCAAGUUUUUCUCAUCCUAAAUCAGUGGAAGGUAAAGAGUGGGCAUUAGGUUGACUUCUAAACAGUAGUCUGCUGUGAUUUUAACACUUUUUUUUUUUUUUUAAUCUUUGGGAUUCUCACCUCCAUUUACUAAAGCAUCAUGACUCCAAAUUACAUAGUAAUCAGCAAAGUUAAUUGGUCUUAAAAUUAAAUUUUCUCCCUUCAUCAAGCACUCAUUAAGCAGUGAGGCUGAGUGUUUUAAGAUAUAAAGAAUGAGCUCUGUGAGUGAGUGAAAGGUGGUAUUGAAACUUGGAUUUCAUUCCAGUUUCAGAUUUGGGUUUUAAGUUCCUUUAGUCCAGGAAAGGGACUAGGCAGCUCCAGGUGCCACGAAUCACUGUCAUUUCGUCUCCCAACAAGGUUAGGCGUGUUAGGAGGGAGUGGGGAGGAGGGUUGUAGCAGCCCCCUGCUCCUAGCUGAAGAAGAAGAAUGCGGAGGCCUGGUGGAGGGAGAGAAGAGAAACUGCUGGGGAUGUGUUGGGUCAGUGCUCACUUGCCUUCCCCCUCACCUCAGCCACUCAGCAGUUGAAGGAAGGCUUUAGUCUACCCUAGCAAGGACAAAGCUUGUUAGAGAUGCUUCUGCUGGUGGCAGGGGUUCUUACACAAAAGCAGAUAUGUGAGGGGGGUGGGCUGGGAGGAGUCGCACUGUGAUUAUACAGGAAAAUCUUGUUCUAAAAAUGUAUGGGUUUAGACGUAAAGGGUGGGAUAUGCAAGCAAAAUCAGCAAUUAUUUUAAAAUGAACAUAUGUAUUUUUAUUAACUUUUAGUUAAAUAUAGAUUAUUACAACCAAGUCAACAUGAUAAGCCUAAAUCUGUAUAGAGAGCUAACUCAGGCAUUGUCUUGUUUAUCUGUAGACUGGAUAAAACAACCCUUUCCUGUUGUGUCAGUUCUAGUUUCUUAGUCUAGAAUAAAUUAGACCAAAAGAAGAAACUUACUUGUCUUGGUAUGCCUGCAGAAUUAAGUUAUUGCUGUUAAAACCUGGCCUUUUCAUUUCACUAGUCUUUGAAGAGUCCAGAUGCUUGGUAGAUGUUCAGUAAAUGAUUUUAAAUUAAAUUCGUUCAUUUAAAAUCCUCAUUAACUUUUCUAGAAAGUCUUCUUUCAGUAAAUAAUGGAAUCUUAGAGGAGAAGUGGUUUGUUUUUUUAGAAACUAGGGAACCCCUCCUCCAUUGAAAAUAAUCAUUUGAAACCUUGAUUGUGGACUAAAGUUUCAAUCAUGAGAAAUGGCAGCAAAAGAAAAUUUAUAGUCAAUGGUCCAUUUUAGGAGGCCGGUGGUGUCUGACAAAUGUUAGAGUAGUGAGGUUGGGGAAGGAAAUUGUGGGGGUUUGUAAUAAAUAUUCUCUUUAUGUUGUUUCUCUUCUGGGUCAUGGUAAAACAAUAAAUUAUCAUCUCUAGGUGGCAA